AUGUCCAACUCUGGCGAUGGGGCUGGUGGUUCUGAUCAAGGAAACUCCCCCGGGCAGGGUCGUGCACCUAGCCCCAGGCGUCAGGAUGCCCCUGCUCCCCCUCCGCAGCGCCGAGGUGGUGCAGCCGGAGGACCCCAGCCCAAUCCUCCCAGGCCACCUAUUGUGCCGUAUUGGCCUUUCCAUGGUCUCCAACCACCGUUUUCAGGCUUUAAUCCUCCCCAACAUGGCCGUGGAUCAUCUUCCGGUGGCAAUGUUUCUGGUCAAGUUUCUUCGGGUGGAACUGCGGCUGGAAGAGUAGGCGUAGGGGGCUUUUUUCCAGCGGCAGGAGCGGCUGCGGUGGUGGCUGGUGGUGACAGUGCUGGUGGUGGUGGGGAAGAUAGGCUAAUUCUGGGUGGCAUGGGAAUGAGGAAGAGAGGUCCUGCGGUGGGGGAAGGAGGCUCAGGCUCACAAUCUGUAGCCAAAAGACAAGAACUUCAAAACUUGAAUGAUCCUCCACCUCCCCCCCACCAAUGCAGUGAGUGUGGGAAAAGAUUUCAGUCCAACAAAGCAUUGUUUGGACACAUGCGUUGUCAUCCUGACCGUGGCUGGAAAGGGGCAUACCCACCGCCGGUGUUCAACCGCGAAGAGUUUCAAGACUUACUCCCCCAAGGAGGAGAUGACCCUGCCGCUGCGGCAGUAGCAGUAGCAGAGGCUGCGGAGGAGGGAAGAGAGGCUGAGGAGGAUGCUGCAACCGCAGGACAGGAAGAGGAAAUGCCUAGAGGUCGACUUGCAUGGGACAGGGAUUUGAACAAAACGCCGCCGCCGGAUAGUGAUGAAGACUAG